UCGCUUUCCCGCGGACGAAGGACCGGAAAAACGACCAGCGCUUACACACAAAAUGUCUAGUUAACAUAAAUAGCACUGUCUUCUUUCGUGCUUGCAGAAUGUGUCAAGAUGACAUCCAUCUCCUCUUUAUGUGGCGUCAUCGUCAUCCUGCUUUACAGUCCGAUCGCGUAUACAUGCGCAGAGGACGACAAAAUACAGGAGUUGAGUAUGUCCUUUACUCGACACCCGCAGCCUCUGGCCGCUCCAUUGAAUGAUGAUGUGAACUUCGAGUGCAGCCUCAACAUCCCCGCGGAGCGUUUCGCUUGGCACCACAGACCCGUUGGCUCAAACAAAUGGAUCCCCCUGGCCAAUCUCAAUAACGCCGGUGGUAAGACAUCUCGACACGUUGUCACUUUCGAUAACGAGUCGAAGGCCGGGGACUAUCGUUGUAUCGCGUUCUUUGGCAUCAGCGGCUUAGCGUCAGAUCCAGCAAAAUUGACACUCGCGAUGAUACACAAAUUCUCCGACAAGGCCGACGUUUUCCUUGAAGUGGCAGAAGGUAAUACCGUGCCAAUUACUUGUCCCGUGCCGUAUUCGGAACCGGAGGCCAUAGUACAGUUUUACAAGAGUAAGGUGCCUAUCGAAAAUACGGAUCUGGUGAACGGCAAGACAAUGGUCAUCAGGAAUGUCAGAUCGGCAGAUAGCGGAUCGUACCACUGUAGCGUUUACAAUUACAUAACGCAGGAAACAUUCACGAGCAACUAUAAGACCAUUUUGACGGUACACACGAAUUUGACUUUCACAUUUCCAUACCUCACUAAACAACCACAAACGGAAUACACGGUUCUGCGUGGCAAGAAUGUUACGUUGGAAUGUUUCGGUGCUGGUUAUCCAGUGCCACGGGUCACCUGGAUUCGUCUAGGCGGCUCUCUACCAUCGAAAUCGAUCAGAUCGUCCAUCGGUCUAACGUUGGUCCACGUGCAACCGGCUGAUCGCGGGGAAUACGAUUGCGUGUGGGGCACCGAUAAUCGACAAAUCAAGUCAGCGAUAAUCCUAAGGGUGGUGGAACCACCGAGAGUCACGAAACAGCCGAGUGCCUGCAAGUUCCACGAGGGUGGAAAAUUACAGCUCUCAUGUGACGUGAUGGGUGAGCCGCAACCGAUUAUCGAGUGGCUUAUCAACGGAGAGUCUUUGAUGCCCAGCAGGACACAGGACAUGAUAGGCUCCACUCUUCUCAUAUCUGAAGUUGAGAAGAAACACGCCGGAAUCGUUCAGUGCGUCGCCAGCAACGAAUAUGGAUCACAUUCAGGAUACAACCUGUUACAGGUACAACCGAAGGAGCACGUUGUCGGCGGCAAGGUCGAAUCGAAGCCGGAUUACGGAACCGUGUCGAGGCAUAAACAUACCAGGGGCGGCGGUAGACGUAGGAAUAAAGAAGGAAAGAAGAAGGGAGGCGCAGCAGCACUGCUUUUAGUACCUCCAAAUCAACCUAAUGUCACAAGAUUGUCCGAUAUCUCUGUCAUGGUACGGUGGUCGGUGCCGGAGAACAAAGGUCUACCGAUACAAUUUUUUAAAGUCCAGUAUCGAGAAAUUAAUUCAAAACUAGUUAACGGCAAGUCGCUUGGCAAUAAGUGGAUGACGGCUAAUUCCGAGAUACCAAAUCAUGUACGAUCCUUCGAAGUAACCGAUUUGCAGCCUAAUCAUACUUAUAAAUUCAGGAUUGCGGCAGUAUAUUCGAAUAACGACAAUAAAUUGAGCCCAAAUUCCGGGCGUUUCCAUCUCAAUAGAGACACUGGUAUUGAAAGCAACAAAAUGCCAAUACCCUUGUUAACUAAUACCGAGGCAUUGGGACCGCAUCAGGUGUUGUUGAUUUGGCAGAAUCCCGACAAAUCGGCAGAAAUCGACGGGUUUUAUAUAUAUCAUCGGGCUUCCACCACAGCUGGCGAUUAUCUAAAGACUACUGUCGAGGGCAAGGAUGCCUUUAACAUGACCAUUUCUCAUUUACAACCUGACACUACAUACGAAUUCAAAGUACAAAGCUUCUCCGUGGACGCGGCAUCGGAAUUUUCCCAGAUAUUGCGGGAAAAAACUAAAAAGCUCAUCGUCGAGCAUCCGGUUCAGCAAGUGGCAGCGGAAAAUAAAUUGCGACCGAGCGAGAGUAAUAAGAAUGUCAGUAUACACGCUAUAAUCGGUGGCGUAUUCGGAGCUUCGAUUAUUCUAAUUGCUCUCGCCUUCGCAGCAAGAUUCUUGUACAAAAGAGCGAAAUACAAACAAAAUCAGGAAUCGCAAAGUGAAGGUAAACCGAUAACAAAUGGGCGAGUAAUGAACGGUGGAGUCACAGACUCCAAGAUUAACAUUACGUCCAAUCCGCUUGCCGGACUUGAUGCAUCCGAAGACAUAAUGCAACCUAAGAGCGGACAACAGUCAUCGAUGGAAAUGACGUCGUUUCUAAACGGCCAGAACAACAAUGGCAGCAACAACGGCCAUAACAACGGCGACGCAGCCGGGUCUGACGUGAAUGUUACGUCACAUAGCGAGUCGUCGUCUCUGCGCCAAGGGCCGCUGCCUAUCGAACAACGUUUGUGAGAAUGAUCGCAGCCAUAUCUCUGUUUUAUAGACGGUAAGAACGCGGCCUGACCCGCAUCCUCAAAGACGGACUUCUCAUUCGUAUUCACCCACAAGUCUGUUAACAAAUUUCAUUUCGCGGAGAAAAAUGUGAGGACUUGUCGACACGUUAUCUCAAUGAGAAACUUAUAGACUGUAUUUAACGUUCAGCUAUCGCAACGAUGAGACUGUUGCAAGACAUUUACAGGGUGUCUUAAGUAGAUAUGUUCAAAAUAUAUCGCUACCGUAGAUUGGGAUUGAUUUCGCGUAACUUGCACGGGAAAAUAUAUACUUGACGCUUCAGAUUUCCCGGCAGAGAAAUACAUUGCAUUAUAUUUUAUAUCCAAUAUAAUGUGUUACAGCUAAUCGAUUAUAGUAUCGCGAAAAAAUAUUUCUUUAACGUGUUCUUUAUCAACAGAUACAGCUUUUCACGGCAGCUGAAAUAGUCCCUCUUUAUAGUGCAUAGAAAGUUAAACGAUCUGAUUGCAAUCUGUGACAUAUU